AUGACAAGAGAUCUAACUGGAACAGACACUUCAUUUGGAGCUGAGCGUGUUCAUGAAAUCUUAACAUGCCACGAGAGCCUAAGUAAAAGGAACUUCCGAAUGGAAGUUGGUGUUUUCCAAGCUUUGGUCAAUAAGUUGAGUGAGAAGCAACUACUUGCUGAUUCAAGGGCCAUCUCAAUAGAAGAGAAGGUUGCUAUAUCCUUAUAUGCACUAGUGAAAAAUGCAAGUAAUGAGACCUUGCAAUAUGAGUUCAACACAGUGGAGAAACAAUAA